UAUAUAUAUAUAUAUAUAUAUAUAUAUAUAUAUAUAUAUAUAUAUAAACUUUAUUAACUUUAAUGUCACAUGAAAAUAGCUUCACACGUUGCUUUAUACAUGCUGGUUACAUUUCACCACAGUUUGCAAAACCUUCAAUUAACCUAUUAAUAAAAAUACGGAAUAUAAUUAAAAGACUAAGCCCAACAAAUAUGAUUAUCGCAGUAACUCAUAAACUGCAAACAUGCUAAUCAUAAGAUGUGUAGCUACUUUAUUGAUUUUUGUUUUGCAUUUAAUGACUAUCAUCAUGUCAUUGAACCAUAUACAUGCAAUAAGAAAAUGAUCCAGCAGGUGGCACUGAAUUUGCCUGCAGACCAAAAAAAAAAAAAAAAAAAAAAAAAUAGAGGACAAUAUCUGAACGAUACAAGCGUUGCAGGUUCAAUCCCGAGAAGCAUUGGAAAGGAAAUAGUUAUUUCAGAUAUUAUAAGUAAAAAACAAAACAAAACAAAAAACAACCAAAUUAUACAUGCAUUCAAAGCAUAAAAUGUCAAUGAACACCACUAAAGUGAGAUGAAUAGUUAGGGGUAUUAAACCGACAUUUUAAAGUAUUUAAACACAAAGCUUUUUACGCUACAGUGCACUCUAACUACCUGAAACUCCGGUUACUGUUGCAAAACUGGUCAUAACCCCGCCCGGGAGAGACAAACCGGUCCAAGCAGAAAAGGUCUCUCCGCAGACAUCACUACUGCCACUUCCAGAUGGAUGUGUAAGGUUACUGCUGUUGUCAGUCAUGUCCUCCACAAGGAAACACGUCCACUAAUUUAUCUGGAAAGAGUUGUUUAAUUUCAGCUGAAGCGCAGUCUCCUCCGCAAUCACAAUGGAGCAAAGGAAGAAAGUCUGGCAAAAUUUCCGUGAGAGAGCCAAGCCAAAGUUAAAUCUGAAGAUUGGAAAGAAGGCUCAGGGGAAGAAGAAAAAGACCCCUCUGAAAUACAGAAGGAGUAUGUCAGUACCAGACAUCAGGUUUCAUCCCCAUGCCAUGGGGAUGGCUUUGCAGGAUGAUCCCAGGACACCAGGUCAAGACUCUGUUUUCUUUGGAAACCAAGAGGGUUCGAGUGACUUGGAUGAAACAGCAAGCGAAACCUCCAGUCUUGCAUUAUCUGAGCAGUUCAGUGUCGCUGACAUGCCAUACUCCUGCAGCCCAGCGCUAUCAGAGAAAUCAGUUCCUGCCUUCUUUACAGCUCCAGUGGAAACUGACAAGCGGCCAAGAGUCACGACAUGGUACAUAGAUGAAUAUGAUGCAGUGACUAGCCCUUUACCUCCUCCUACAGAAAGACAGAUGACACCUGUGCCUGCAGAGAGGAAAUCGCCUGGUCAGAGAGCAAAGCACACUGCAGAUAAAGUGGCUGCAGCCCUUAAUAGAGCCGGAGGAAAACAGAUGCCUCCUGAAAUGUGUACAUGGACCAACACAGAGUCAGUCAGCACUGCUCCAUCUGAGGAGAAAGCCUGCGUUUUUACAAAUACUGAGCAUGAGCCGUCUUCUCCAGUGGAAAUGUUCAUUGUAGGGUCUGCUGAGGACACGGACAUUGCCAAUGAAACCAGUGACUUUGAUCCACUUUCCUUUACAGAACAAGAACAAAAUAUCUCAGAAGGGUUAAAUGAAAGUCAAAAUGCUGGAACACAGCAGAAGGUCCAGUAUCUCCUCACCAUCAACCUAAAGGAAGGCAGGAAUCUGGUUGUCAGGGACCGCUCAGGUACAAGUGAUCCAUUCGUCAAAUUCAAAUUAGAAGGCAAAAACAUCUACAAAAGCAAAGUUGUGAACAAGAACCUGAAUCCCACCUGGAAUGAAUCAUUUUCCUUUCCCGUCAGAGACCUCGAUCAGACUGUUUAUCUCAAGGUAUAUGAUCGUGACCUGAGAUCUAAUGACUUCAUGGGGUCAAGCAGCUUUCCCCUCAAUAGGCUGGAAUUGGACAAAACAGUUCCGAUGGUUUUAUCUUUGGAGGACAAAAACAGUGAGGAGGAUGAUAUGGGAGUGAUCGUUAUAGAGGCCUGCCUGUCCAUCCGAGAGGAGCCUGCCAAACGAAAUAAGUGGCUACUAAGAAGAAAGGGAAGCUUCAAUAAGGGUCAGCCGAUAAGCCAGGCGCAGGUCGCACGGCUCGCGAGCGCACAGAAGAGUCAGGUUUGGACAGGAGUUUACACCGUCAUCCUGGUGGAAGGCCAGGAAAUGCCCGACUGCGGUCAGGGAGACGUCUACGUACGCUUCAGAUUGGGAGACCAGAGGGUCAGGAGCAAGAAUCUGUGUAUUAAGGCAAACCCGCAGUGGAGAGAGUCUUUCGACUUUAACCAGUUCCAGGAUGCGCAGGAGAAUCUCGUGGUGGAGGUUUGUUGCAAGAGGGGCAGGAAGUCAGAGGAGUGCUGGGGCGUACUGGAUAUUGACCUGACCAGACUUCCUGUCAAUCAGAGGCAGUUACAUACUCAUUCACUGGACCAAAACAAAGGUCGACUGGUGUUUUUGGUCACACUGACCCCGUGUUCUGGUGCUUCCAUCUCAGACAUCCAAUCGGCUCCAUUAGAUGACCCCAAGACCUUUGAGAAGAGGCGGGAGCAUUACAGACCCAUGAACUUUUUGGGGGACUUGAAGGAUGUUGGCUAUCUUCAGAUUAAGUUAAUAAAAGCCACAGAUCUUCAAUCAGCAGAUAUAAGUGGUAAAAGUGAUCCGUUUUGUACCGUUGAGCUUGGUAAUAGCAAACUGCAAACUCUCACAAUAUUCAAAACCCUGAAUCCUGAAUGGGGAACAGCCAUGACAUUCCCCAUUAAGGACAUCCAUGACGUUCUGGUGCUUACAGUCUAUCAUGAUGAUGGGGACAAAGCUUCAGACUUCCUGGGAAAAGUUGCCAUUCCUUUGCUGACUAUUUCCAAUGGCCAACAAAUAACCAGAAUGCUGAAGAACAAUAAUUUAUCAAGGGCGACCAAAGGAAGCAUCACUGUGGAGCUGAAUGUCCUCUACAACCCUAUCAAAGCAGGAUUCAAAACCUUCCAGCCGAAAGAAACAAAGUUUGCAGAGGACAACCCGAAGUUUGACAAAAAGCUUUUAGCACGUAAUAUCUAUCGAGUGAGGAAGAUCAGCGUGGCCAUUCUCUAUACGCUGCAGUAUAUUAAAAGCUGCUUCCACUGGGAGAGCACGCAGAGGAGUAUUACAGCCUUCCUGAUAUUUGUGUUGACAGUGUGGCUUUGGGAGCUGUUCAUGUUGCCUCUUUUCCUCCUUCUGCUCAUUGGCUGGAACUACUUCCACAUCACACCAGGCAUGGCCAGCUACAGUCAGGACUUGGAGAACAUGUCCGUGGCCGAGGACGAGGACGAAGAUGAAAAGGAAUCAGAGAAAAGAGGACUGAUGGAAAAAAUCCACAUGGUUCAAGAAAUUGUGCUUACAGUUCAGAGCACUUUAGAUGAAGUGGCUAGCAUCGGAGAAAGAGUGAAAAACACAUUCAACUGGUCAGUGCCGUUCUUGUCAUUCCUGGCCUGCUUGGUUCUGUUGCUGGCGACUACUGCCUUGUACUUCAUCCCACUGCGGUACAUAGUUUUAGUGUGGGGUGUUAACAAAUUUGCCAAGAAGCUUAUCAACCCAUAUGCCAUUGACAAAAAUGAAAUACUGGAUUUUCUCAAGAGGGUGCCUUCUGAUGUUCAAAAGGUGCAGUACAGCGAACUGAGAGCCGAGCUCGGCAACCAGGGCCCGGUGAAGAAGAAACGCUUGCGCUGAAACCCGACGGACGUGUCGGAUGAAAGAGACGGACGGCGUUUCAGGACACGGUCUGUUUAAGUCAUAAUGCCCCUGUGCGAGUGGAGGAGGAGCCCCCUUGUGCCAAGCCAUCGCAUUUCCACUGAGGUGUAUUCAUUGUGCUGUGCGUGUGCUUAUAUUUGUAUCCGUGUGUGUGUGUGUGUGUGUGUGUGUGAAAGAGAGAGAGGGGCCCAAACCGACGGGGUCUUUGGCCCUCGCGAACUCACAUGGUCACAGUAUCUGAGCAUAUGAAGGUAAAGGCGGGCUUCACCAGCCUCUACAUGCGGUCACGCUGAAAUGCAAUGAAAUACGACACAGCCUAAUUCAUAUAUUAAUGUCUUUUUAGAGACCACAUUCUGGUUCAUUUAACAAAGGAAAAAUUAGCCACAAAACAUACAGCCCAUAUAGCACGUGCUUCCUGUUGCUUGUGUUUACAGCAGGGAAUAUUUAAAUGAGGGUAAAAUAUUUAUAACUCUUAAUACAAUGGAAAAUAUUCAGUGCCAUUUAACAUUUUUAUUCAUGCAAAUGCAUCCUACUGUUCAAGAUGUUUUAUUCUGUAAUGUUUGCUUUUUAUAUUAACCUUCCACAUUUUGUACAUUUAUGCUGCAGAUAAAGAUGAAAUGAAGAAGAUAACUAAAAGUUUGACUUCUUAAAUGUGUUUUUCUUCUCUCGCAUCCUUAACUCGGCGUUAUUUGUGAAGGAUACACAGUGUUAUUACCCAACCCACACUUCAGAAGAGGAUGCUGGUCACUGUUGGAGGAAAACAUCAAAGUCUCUGUGUGUCCAGAGCAGUCAGCUAAUGCACCGCUUUUGUAGUUCGCUGACAAUAACAAGGUCCAGAUGAGAGAGCUCAUCUCUCAUAAAGAGGGAGGGAGAUUGAGAGAGAGGAAGAGAGAGAGUGAGUAUAUACACUCCAUACCCCGCACUUAGCAUCUCCCAUUUUCAUUAAAAUCACCUCCAGUGCCUAAUGGCUCUCUACUAGACCCAUCACUCUGUAGUGUUAGCACCAGUGAUGGGGCUUCAAGUAGAGCAAAUGGAGAUUUCCUGCCUCAUCAACUUAUUUAUUCAUAUUACAGACAUAUUUCAGCCUCUCCGCUAUCAGAGUCGUUUUUAUAGAAAGCAACAUUUCCAAAGUGGUGCAUCUUGAAUGUGGGCAUUCGGAGUGUUGAUUUGAAAUUAAUAUUAAUGGAUUAUUAACAUACUAACUAAGUUAACAGUGAAGGCUGUGUUCAUUUGCACCUUUUUUACAGUGCUAAGUUUUGUCCUUCAGCUGAUUUACAGACAACUUUAUCAGAGCGAGCAGGGAAAAGUUUCUUUCAAAGCAAUGUAAAACCGAACAGAACUUCUUCAGAAGUCGUCCGCUUGCCUGCUCUCUCUCAAUAAUUUAGCGAGCGAGGUAAAUAACCGAGCGGGCGCUUUGUAAAAAUAGCCGUAGCCAUACAGAUGAGCCCUAGACCCCAGCUCAGGGAGUUUGUUCAGACUGAUUGGAGUGCGCAGCGUCCCAGCCUGCCCCCCCUUCCGUCUCUCCCACCCUCCCUUCACUCCUCUGCAGUUUGGUGCUGGUGAAAGAGCAUCGGUUGGUGCAGCGUGAAGAGUUUGAUUGGCUCUCGGGGACCUGCUGGAGCCUGGGGCUAUCUCUUUUGACAGUCUGAUAGAGACAUCACGGCACUCUCCCAGGAGCUGCCACCGGGGGUCCGAUUCAAAGCGAGGGGGAGUGGAGGUGACCCGCGACGCUCUGAUGAGAGAAAUCCCACACACAAACUCCUGCACUGACUCCGCUGGGGGGCCACGGAGAGGGAGAGCACGGAGGGGAGGGCCAGUGUCCCUUAGCUCAGUAAAUGAGACCCCAUCAGAUGUCUGCGUGAGGUGAAACCAAUUAAACAAUGCUUGCAGGAACGCUCUAGUCGUCGGGUUAGCACCAAAACUUGAAAGCGAGCCUCUAAGUGGAUGUGAAGUGUUUGUGCUGGAGGAGAGCAGUGGUCUUCAAAAAUUCAAGACCGUCUCCGAAACGCAGAUGAAAUGAGAGGCUGCCGAUUGGAAACUCUCGUAAAGAGAGGGCCGACACAGCAUUCAUCUCCGAGAGCUCGUGUUGACAAGUGUUUUUGGGUAAACUGCCUUGAUGAAAAGCUUAUGCGUUGAUGCUUAAGACAUUUUAAAAAGUCAAAUUGUGGGCCUAAUAGACAAAAAAUAAAUACACUAAAUAUUACAACAUUCAGUCUCAAGGAAAAGCAGUUACAUCACAUGACCUGUGACAUGAUGUAUGUGGUGUAUAAACUAAGAAGAUGUGAUUAAGCGUAUUUUGCUGUUUAUUGCAUUUUACCAUUAAGUUUUUAUCAAAGUUCAUUGAAAAGAAAACAUGAACAUUUGCUUACUAAUCUGACAUUGCAAAUUAUUAAAGGGGUAGUUCUGUCAUUUAAGGUGCUCUAAGUGAUC